AUGGAGUCCUUUAUGGGUGAUCAAUAUCUACCAGCUGAUCUACAUUUAAACUCAAAACUCAAGGCAAUUCCCAACUUGCUUAAUGAUCUCCAGAUUAUAUACAAGCUGGAAUUGAAAACAGAAGUCAAAGAUGAUAUGCUAGAUUCUUCAAAGGAAGAAUCACAGGAAAAUAGUGAUGGUCACCAAUCAUCACAGGAAGUCUUGCCAGUAUUUAAUCAGGAUCUAAAUUGCCGUCCUUUGGAUGAAAACACAACUGAGUUGAUCGACAAUAAGACAAAUGUUGAAAGCUUACCAGGUUUUGGAGCAAAGAAAAGAAGGGCUCAAAGCGACCACAUAGCGAAAAUUGCUUUACCAGAUUUGGUCGAGUAUUUUGAUGUGCCAAUUGUAGAAGCUUUAAGAAAUCUGAAUAUUGGGCUUACAGUUCUCAAGAAAAAGUGCAGAUGGUGA